GCAACUUCCUGUUUGGCUCCGUGUUUGGCGGGAUUUUCCAGCAUGGCGGUGCAGCCGAAGCAGAACCUGUCCAUGGACAGCGCGGCCGAACACGGCUUUCUGAGCUUCGUUUUCUUGAUGCCGGAGAAACCGGACACUACUUUUAGGAUAUUUGACCGAAACGACUAUUACACUGUUCACGGGAAAGACGCCAUAUUUGCUGCGAAGGAGGUUUUUAAGACGAAUGGGGUCAUCAAGUAUUUAGGUUCAGGAAGUCGAAAGUUGGAGAGUGUGAUCCUGAGCAAGCCUAACUUUGAAGCCUUCGUGAAAGACCUGCUGUUGGUGAGACAGUACAGAGUGGAGGUGUACAGGAACCACAGCAAGAGCAGCAAGGAGCAGGACUGGAGGAUCGAAUACAAGGCCUCUCCAGGGAACUUGACUCAGUUGGAGGAGGUUUUGUUCAGCGGGGGAACCGGAACCGAGGGCUGCGCAGGAGUUGUUGCGGUGCGAUUCGCGACCGGAGCUGAUGGACAGCGUGUGGUUGGCCUGGGCUACGUGGACGCAGCACAGAGGACUAUGGGAGUGUGUGAAUUUCCAGACAGUGAGAUCUUCUCCAACCUUGAGUCCCUGCUUGUCCAGAUCAGCCCCAAAGAGUGUCUUUUAGCUCCGGGGGAAUGCAGCACUGAUGGAAACAAGCUGCGGGAGGUGGUGCAGCGUGGUGGUAUGCUGGUGUCUGACAGGAAGAGAGCUGAGUUCAGCAGCAAGGACAUUGUUCAGGAUCUCAACAGGCUGCUGAGAUCUAAGAGUGGAGAGAUGGUGGCGAGCAACACACUACCUGAGCUGGACAAGCAGGUGGCCAUGUCGUGUUUGGCUGCAGUGGUGCGUUUCCUCGAGCUGCUUUCAGACGAGUCCAACUUUAACUCGUUCAGUCUGACCACGCUGGAGCUGGGUCAGUACAUGAGGCUGGACAACGCUGCUGUCAGAGCUCUUAAUCUCUUCCAGGGGUCUCCUGAUGACACCAGCGGAGCUCAUUCAUUGGCCGGUUUGUUGAACAAGUGCCGCACUCCUCAGGGUCAGCGGCUGGUCAACCAGUGGAUCAAACAACCACUCAUGGAUAAAACCAAAAUAGAGGAGAGGCUGGACCUCGUGGAGAGUUUUGUGUGCGACUCUGAACUGCGGCAGACUUGUCAGGAGGAUUUGCUGCGGCGCUUUCCAGAUCUUCAUCGCAUGGCCAAAAAGUUUCAUCGACACUCUGCUAGUCUGCAGGACUGCUACCGCGUCCACCAGGCUGUGAGCCAGAUCCCUGCCCUCAUCAUGGCCCUGGAGAGAUACACAGGCAGCUACCAGGUGUUGCUGCAGGCAGCGUUCACCACCCCUCUCAGAGACCUGCAGACAGACUUCCUAAAGUACCAGGAGAUGAUUGAAACCACACUGGACAUGAACCAGGUGGAACACCACGAGUUCCUGGUGAAGGCUUCGUUUGAUCCAGUUUUGAGUGAGCUCAGGGAAAAGAUGGAUGUGCUGGAAAAAAGCAUGCAGGGUGUACUGAACAGUGCUGCCAGAGAACUGGGUCUGGAUGCAGGAAAGACUGUGAAGCUGGAGUCCAACGCCAUGUUGGGUUUCUACCUGAGAGUCACGUGCAAGGAGGAGAAGACUCUGAGGAACAACAAGAAGUUCACCACACUGGAUGUUCAGAAGAAUGGCGUGCGCUUUACAAACAGCAAGCUGAGUUCUCUGAAUGAGGAGUACACCAAAAGCAGAGAGGAGUACGAGGAGGCCCAGAACGCCAUCGUUAAGGAGAUCAUCAACAUCGCCUCAGGUUAUGUGGAUCCCCUUCAGACGCUCAACAACAUUAUAGCUCAGCUGGACGCUGUGGCGAGUUUUGCCGUGGCAUCCGUGUCUGCCCCCGUCCCGUAUGUCCGCCCCCGUCUUUUGGAUAAUGGCUGUAGGCGUCUGGAUCUGGUGCAGGCCAGACAUCCCUGCAUGGAGACUGAUGCAGACACUGCCUUCAUACCCAAUGACAUCACCUUCGUCGAGAGAGAGAAGAGCUUCUAUAUCAUAACGGGACCAAAUAUGGGUGGCAAGUCCACGUUCAUCCGGCAAGUGGGUUUGAUUGCUCUGAUGGCUCAGAUUGGCUGCUUCGUGCCGUGUGAGAAGGCGGAGCUCAGCGUGAUUGACAGCGUCCUAGCUAGAGUGGGAGCUGGGGACAGCCAGGUGAAAGGAGUGUCCACCUUCAUGUCUGAGAUGUUAGAGACAGCUGCCAUUCUCCGCUCGGCCACAGAGAACUCUCUCAUUAUCAUCGACGAGCUUGGCAGAGGAACAUCCACGUAUGAUGGCUUUGGGCUGGCCUGGGCCAUCAGCGAGCACAUCGCCUCUAAAAUCGGCUGCUUCUGCCUGUUUGCUACUCAUUUCCAUGAGCUGACGGCCCUGGCGGCGCAGCAGCCCGCCGUCCACAACCUGCACGUCACCGCGUUGACAUCACACAACACGCUCACCAUGCUGUACAGAGUCAAACCAGGUGUGUGUGACCAGAGUUUUGGGAUCCACGUGGCUGAGUUAGCUUGCUUCCCUCUGUCGGUGCUGGUGGUGGCGAAGGAGAAGGCGGCAGAGCUGGAGGAGUUCCAGGAACCUGCAGGAGAUGUCAUGAAGCAGGAUGAAGAGCCGGAGGCCAAGAGACGACGGACGGACAAACAAGUGGGAGAAAACCUGAUCCAAGAAUUUCUGCAGAAGGUGAAGUCACUUCCUGUUGCCACCAUGACUGAGGAGGAGGUGAAGGUGGAGCUCAAGAGGUUGAAGCAGGAGUUGGUGGCCAAGAAUAACACGUACAUCAGUGAGCUCCUUUCUCACUGCGUUUCUGGUAAAGCUGUCUGAAUUUGACUCGCUGUGUUCUGAUCUACUGUAAGGAACAGAGCGGCAUCUCCUACACUGUCUAGGUUUCUAAUAAAGAAUUUGUCUUGAA